AUGUCCACGGCCUACGAUUUCAACGAUAACAUGUUGGACUUCGAGGACACGGACUUGUUCCUCACAGCCAUUCUGUCCUCGGUGCCUGCCAUGGAUAAAAUGGCCAAUCCUUACGAUAUGGACCAGCCUGGAUUGGGCGGUUUUGCGUUUGAUGGCUCCGGCUACGUCCUCAACAACAGCCUUGAUAUCAACGACCCUGAAUCCUCAGACGCUGUGUCUGUUAACAGCUCCCUGCCUUCAACAGCCCACUCAGACCGCUCCUUGUUCCCAUCCAAUAACCAACCCAAGCGCUCCUCGUUUAGCUCCGCGUCGUAUUCCGAGCUGGUGGCAUCGACGAACUCGAACGAGGGAACCCCAAACACGUCCAUACUGUCUCCACAUACCCUGCCAGAAGGCAUCCCCGACCAUGAACCAAAGAAGCAGGCUUCGAAUUUUAAGAAAGAGCCUGAGGAAGAGGAGGUUGCUCCUAAACGCACAACAAGGUCGAAAGCCUCCACGAAAGAUAAAGUCACCAAGCCAGGUAAACGCCCCAAGGUUUCUCACAAUAUGAUCGAGAAAAAAUACAGAACAAACAUCAAUACCAAGAUUUACGAGCUUCGUGAUGCAGUUCCUACUUUGAAGAUCGCCGCUGGAAAACAGAAUGUCCUGCUUUCUGACUUGGAGGGGUUGGCGCCUGCUGCAAAACUCAAUAAGGCAUCUGUCUUGACAAAAGCUACAGAGUAUAUCAAACACUUGGAGAAAAAGAAUGAAAACAUGUUGUCACAGAUUGCUCAAUUGCAGCAGCUCAUUGGUGAGGCCAACGCCAAUCCUCCGAACAUCAUUCCUCAGCAGGGCGAUCGUCAGCCAAAUCAGGGUAUGCAGAAUUCUUUCGAUGGUCAGUUCCCAGGUGGUUUUGGCUUCGCUCCAGAAAACAAUUACAAUACUACGAUAAAUUACGACACCCAGCUGGUCCCACCUCAGUUUGCUCAACAGCCACAACAAGAGAGCUAUCAGCCUUACAAUUCCAAUUGGAUGAUGGGAGGCUUUGCCACUGUGAUGGGUGCUUCUGUGCUCUCGUCCGACAAUUUCAGGGGUUUGGCAGCUUUCCCAUUCAUGCCUGCCUUCUUGACUCACCCAUCGCCCACUGCUUUGCAGCUCUUCACCAUUUUCAGGUACGGUCUUGUUUUCUUCGGUAUUUAUCUCAUGGUGCUGCCCGUAAUUGACCACAUCAGAAAACCCAGAGAUCCCAAGUCCCCUGUCGAGAAUACGUGGCUCACAUGGCUUUUAGUUUCUGCGGGAUUGCAGGUACCAGUUCCACUCCUGCCAACGGAUAAAGAGCUCAUACUUUCCCACUUGGUUGAUGGAUGCUCGGAUCCCAACGACUGGUUUAAAGAUUACAUCGUUUUGUCAUCUAGCGAAGUCAAUUUUGAGACGUGUUUCUUGAACGUGCUCAUCGGCGCGAUCAUUUGCUCAAAAUUCCCAUUCAUAAGCAGAUUUAUCGCACCAAACCUCCAAACGAGAAAAAUUUUAUUGAGCAAACUCGAUGCUACUAAUGAUGACAAAGCCUUACAAAAGUUGAGCCAAUUAUUCAAGACGUCCGAUGGUGCUGCGAUGUUCACAUCUGAAUCACUUAUCACUCGCAUAAUUAAUGUUACAGAGAGAAGAAACUUCUUUGCGGAUGUGAAAGAAGGUGAGAAUUCUCUCGCUUACAUUGACGUGUUCAAACACAACAGGAAAGAUAUAUAUGCUAUCGUGUUCGGUUGGAGAGUGCUUGACCUUUUGCAUGACCUUAAUCUUUCCUACUUGGAUUAUUUGACUUCGCAAAAUGAGGAUGAGGAGGCAAGGAAAAGCGAGAAAAGUUUGAAGUCUGAUCUCCAAACGAUCGGAGGGCUUCUAGAAGACUGCAAUGAUGAUUGCCUCAAACAAUAUUGCUUGUCGUUGACUUCUGUCAUAUCCCCAGAAUCUACGCCAGCAUUGGUCAAAGCUGUCAAAGGAUCCAUAGCGAGAACGAUGUCAAAUGUCAAUACUUACUUCGAUGGACUAGAUCUUACGGACACAGAGUCAGUCGUGGAAAGCGAAAUGGAAGAUGAAAACUUGUCUGACGGCACAGAGACGGAAGUGUCCAAGAAAGAGAGCGGAAUUACAGACACAGUCAAGAGUCUGAAGUCGCUCUUAUAUUCCUUGAAUCUUGUGAACGAAGAGAAGUUCAUUGUCUUGGCUACCUCUUCUAUUCUUUAUUACUUGCAACAGGAUGAUGAACUUGAAAACCUGAAACAGUUAUUGAGACAUUUGAAGUUCCAAAGCGAAAAGCUUCCAUUGUCGACACUCUCAUUCACCUGUUUAUUAAGAGUUGUUUGCAGCAUGCUUCAAUCUGGCGAUGAUAAGCCAAAGGUUUCUUUGAGUGUGGAGGAAUCUGAGAUUUUAGAGCUGAUAGUUAAGGCAGCCAGAGGUUGGCUCAACGAUGAUAGAAAGAACAAGUUUCUUAACCAUUCUUUCAGAAGCGACUUAACCGACUUAGUAAUGACCAAGGGAAUGCUCCUUCACGACUUGUGA